CAUUCAUUUUUAUAUUUUUCAUUCAUUGUUAGAAGAACCGUACGGUGUGUGUGAUGUAGUAAAAUCGAAUUUAUUUUUAUUGUGAAUUUUGAUUUUGUGUAAAUGGGUGUUGGUGAAAAUCGGUGGUGUUAAUGUGAAGUGUUUUAUUUUUUUGUAACUGAAAAUAUUGACCGGUUCCAAGCAACCAGAAGACUGACUAUGUUAUAUAGGCAACAUUCCCUACGAACACGACACCGCCGCUGACGUGAUGGCGGCGCCGGCGAUCGCGCAAGGGCCGGUGGACGAGGCGCAGGAGACGCUGCUGGUGAAGAACCAGCCUUUGGUCGUCUCCGCAAAGUCCUCGAAGAAAGUAACGCUACAAGAGGACGACGAUGGCAAGGUGGGCCGGUUCACGAUCGGGCCGGCGCCGGAGCGCGACUGGGAGAUGGUGCCGCCCGACGGCAAGUGGGGCUGGUGCGUGCUCGUGGGCGCAACCCUCGUUAACAUCCUAAUACCGGGCACGAUAAAGUCCUUCGGAGUGCUGCUCGUCGAGUUCAACGAUGUCUUCGAGGCGAGUGCAUCCGCGUCGUCUGGAAUAGUGGCGUUAUGCUACUUUUUGUACAGUAGUUUGGGUCCACUCUCGUCAAUUCUCUCCGUGAAAUGGUCGUACAGAACGGUGACGCUCAUAGGUGGCAGUUUCGCUGCGUUCGGCAUGAUAUUCAGCAGCUGGGCGUUUUCUAUAGGUUAUUUGUAUUUUAGUUUCGGUGCGAUGGUCGGCACGGGCGCUGGUUUAGCUUUCCCGCCAACAGUUUACAUAGUGACGUCAUACUUUGUCCGUUUGCGCGGGCUCGCUAACGGUAUAUGUAUGUCCGGUUCCGCCUUCGGGAGUAUCAUACUGCCGCCUGUGUUGCGCUAUCUAUUGGAGACCUAUGGAUAUAAGGGGGCAGUACUUAUCUUGGGGGGGAUAAUGCUAAACGUAUGGGCUGCUGCGUUACUAUUCCAACCCGUGGAAGAACACAUGGUGAAGAAGUUUAAGGAGCCGGUCGAUGAUGAAGAGGGACCCCAGCUGGAAACAUUCAUCGAAGAAGACCCUAACGAGCUGAAUCUAUCCAACCCCAAAUUAGUUCUAACAUCUGAAGACGACCACACAGAAAAAUAUCCCAAUGGCUCCCCAUCAAUAUACAAGCCUAGAUCCCACGCUAACCUCGACGAUAGAGCUGACUUCAUUCGAUCAGCCAGCGGCACACAAUUCUCAAAACACGAAGAGAGAAAUCGGAAAAUAUCGACAGCAUCCAAACACGGAAUACAGCACAUCUCUAGCAAAAUAUCGAAUCAUUUACCGAGCAAUCCGUCACUAUUAGAAUCGGUUCCGGAAGGAAAAUCUAGCCGAGUAAAUUCACAAGAUGGUUUUGGUAAAAAGUUAGUUCUACCAAAAACGCCGAAACGUAGCCCGUCUACAUCUAGUUUUCAAUACAUGUCUACACCUUUUCACGGUUCUACGCUGUCCGCUUUCGAGAAACCAAGCGAAUUUGCGUCUCAAUUUAGUCUUAAAUCAGUAACAGACAGCCUAGCCCCUAUAUCUUACUGUUGCGGUUGCAAAAAGCGAAAAGACGAUGAUUCUAAAAAGGAACCUAAUAAAUACUUUGAUGUACAACUGUUAAAAGAUCCCAUUUAUUUAGUAAUACUUAUUUCGAACUGCACUUGCGCCAUAUCGUACACGAAUUUCAUUAUUUUAGUGCCGUCUUACGCGAAAGAAUGCGGUUUUGACAAAACAUUAGGCGCGUAUUUAUUAUCUAUAAUUUCCGCGUUAGAUUUGGUCGGCAGAAUUGGCGGUUCCGCGCUGUCAGAUAUCGUUUCGACACCGAAACGUUAUUUUUUUAUAACCGGUUUGUUAUUUUCCGGUAUCAGUUUGUCUAUGAUACCGCUAGUGUCGUCCUAUUCGGCUAUAAGCGCGUUUUGUUGCGUUUUCGGUAUCGCAUCGGGUAUCAACGUUGGUGUAACUGCAUUGGUUAUGACGGAAAUGUUAGGUACGGAACGAUUGAUGUCGUCGUACGGUAUUAGUUUGUUUGUAAACGGUAUCUUACAGUUGAUUGGUCCACCGAUUUGUGGCGCGUGGUUCGAAUAUACGAAGUCGUAUAAGUCCCUGUUCGUUACAUUAGGUUUUAUAUUAAUUUUUGGCGCGUCGUUGUGGAUUUUUGUACCGAUAAUCCAUAGACGACGCAGAAUGCGUGAGAACGCGGAAAAAGCAUAGUAUACGCUUACCAUAGAUAAAUGGUUGAUGGGAUACAAUUACUUUUUUAUCUGUGCGCUUUUUAUUUUUUUGACUUGAUUUGAAUAACAAAAUUUCCGUAUUUGUUGCAAUUUAAUAAUUAUUGCUUGAUUAUUCGUUUUUAGUUUUAGAAAUAUAUGUAUAAUGAAAUUAGGCUUAAAAUUAUGUGUAUGUAUCGGUUUUAAAUAAUUUUAUUUGGUUUUAAAAUACAAUUCUUUGUUUUUAGAUUUUAAGUAGAACGCUUUACGCUAACUAUGUACCAAUCGAAAUAUAAUUAAUAAUUGUUAAAGCAAGUGGUACUAAAGAGCAAAAAAUAAUGCCUCAUUUAUUAAAAAUUAAAAAAAAUACUCUAUACUAUUCAGCCCCAAUUUAAGAAAAUAAUCAAAAUCACAGAUUUGGACUAAAAAAGGGCUGUCAAUAGCAUUCUAUGAAAAUAUAUAAUUUGUCUAUGGUCUAAUUAAAAAAAAAACAUAUUUUGAAUGGUGCAAACCGUGUUCAUUAUUUAAAACUCAAAUCAUGGAAACAGUAUUCAAUUUUAUUUUUCACUCGAAUAUUUUUCUAAUAAUUGAAUUGUAUAUUGUGAUAUAUUUGUGAUCCUUUUAAAUGUAAACAGAAAUCUCAUUAAAUACAAAUGAAUGGAGAUAGUUUUCAAUUUUUAAAUGUAUAGCCAAAUUUUUGAACGAAUCAUAGAUAACAAAAAAUUAGUGUCAAAAGGAUAUUAUAACCGAUACUUUUUUCUUAUUAUGGCAAUAAGUACAUGCCAGUGUCGAAAAAUAUAUGAUUUGUAUUGUUAACAAUUUGGCUAUUUAUUUAAAUUUAACCUCGUGCAAUAUGAAAGUUAAAUAAAUAGUUAAAUACUAUUGCAUUUAGUCAAAUAGACAUAAUAGUGAAUUUUCUAGAACCACUGAAUUCAAAUGAAUUUCUAUAAAUAUUCAAUUUAAUAAAACCAAUAGGAGUUAGAAUAGAAAUUAAGGCCUAUUCAAACUAUUUCACGCAAUUAAAUCUCUUACCUAGUAUAUUUUAGAGACACUAAUCGCGUACCAAAACGAGUACUGUAGCGAACAGCUGAUCGGUACGCGAUUAGAGUCUCUAUAAUAUACUUAGUAAGAGAUUUAAUCGCGUGCCAUACGCGGUAGUGGAUACCGCUCUAGUUUGAAUAGCCCUUUAUAUUUAAUGUUCACGAUUGGUCCAAAAUAUUAUGUAUUUUUUGGAAUCCAAUUAUCAAUUCAUACUUUCGAAACAGAUAUUAAUUUAUUCUCACGAUAAUUAUCUGAAAAUGUACUUAAAUUUCAACUUCGUGAUACCUAUAUAAAAAAGUCACAAAGAAGAAUUUAGAUCCUACAGUUUAAAUUAAAAAUAAAUAUUGUAUAUAAUUAAAAACAUAACGCUUAAUCUGUCAAUUUAUAUUCCCAAUGCCUUAUAAAAUAUUACAAAUAAAAUGAUAAGAGCCAAUUCUUAUAAUUGUAAGAAAAAAGUUACCAAAUGUUACCAUAUAAAAAUAGCUUUCAACUGCAUGUGAAAUACUUCAAAGUUUAAAUAAAAUGUAACAUGUUUUUUAAAUUAAAAUUAAUGAACUUGCUAAAUAAUAAUUUAGUUAUAACCCAAAUUAAUCAUUUGUUUGUUAAAAUGUUGCUGCUAAUUGGAAUAAAAUUUGGUAAAAAUAUUAAAAAUGCUGGUAACGUUGAAAAUUGUAUGCAUUAGCUUUAAAAAGUUGGAACAAAGUCGCCAAAAGAUCUAAGCUUUGUACAAAUUUUAUGAUUUUUAUAACAUUUACUUAAUAAUUUUAUAAAUGUAUUUUCAGUGGUAGAAUUAUUAUUAAGUUUAAUUUAGUUUUAUUGUAUUCAAAAGAUUAAUUGCGGGGCAAAAACUUGGACAAGAAUGUUGAAAAUAUCUUCCAUCUUGUCCGCCGAUUCGCGCCAAAAUAACUUACGAAUAAACUAAUUUUAUAUAUAUUUAGUUCAAUUUUUCACCGUAAGUAAUAGAAUUAAAUAUUUUUAUUUCUAUUACAUAUGGCAGGUUACUUAAUAAUUUUAGUUAUUAAUUUUUAUUAGUUAUUUUACUUAUUUUAUAUUUCGACGAUUUUUCGAUGUUAUAGUUAUUAUUAAGUUAAAGGUAAAGCCUACAAAUCUAAAUAAAAAUGUCCAUUUUAGGUCUAUUGUAUGAUAUUCUAGAUCUACUUAACAAUGUAUACAGGUUUUGUAAUUUUUAAAUAUUUGUAAUAAAUUAUAUUUUUAUUC